UGCUGCGUUCACACCGGACGCGAAUAGCGCGUCAAAUUCGCGCCUACCGCGUCUAGUUAUACGCUUGACCACUUUGAAUCCAUUCGCGCGUCAAGAGCGAAAUUGACGCGCGUAAAAAACAAAAGUUUGAAGCGAAAUUUACGCGCGUGACGCGCGUCAGAGGCGAAAUCCGUUGACGGCCAUCUUUUUACAAGAUGGCUGAUGUUGAUCGAGCAUUCGUGGAGAGAGUCACCGCUCUGUAUUUGCUCUGGAGAGCAGAACAGCGGCAUAUGGGUCGUCGUCGCCGUACUUGGGUCCACCAGACCCUCCGGAGGCGUUCCCAGUUCGGCGAAUUUCAUCAUUUGCUCCAGGAGCUGCGCCUGGAUGACGGCCGCUUUCAGCGGUACUUCCGCUUGUCCCGCGCCCAGUUUGAUGACCUGUUGUCCCGCAUCGGAGCGAGGAUACAGGCGCUCUAUCCCAGCUGUGGAGCGCCUGUCCAUCUGUCUUCGGUUUCUUGCCACAGGGGACUCAUUCAGGACCAUAGCGUCCAGCUUCAGGGUUGGUGUCUCAACAGUGAGCCAGAUCGUCCACCAGGUUGUGACUGCAAUCUGGGACUGUCUUGUGGAGCAGUACAUGGCUGUGCCCACCACUGAUGACUGGAGGUCCAUCGCAGAAGGAUUCCAGGAGCGGUGGAACUACCCUCUAUGCUGUCCUCCAGAGAGGCGUGUCUUCAAUUACCGCCUCUCCAGAGCCAGGCUGGUGGUGGAGAACGCCUUUGGCAUCCUCUCCUCACAGUGGAGGAUGUACCGCCGCCUCAUCGAGGUCCACCCAGAAGUUGCGGAGAAGUGUGUGAAGGCGACGUGUCUUCUCCACAACUUUCUGAGGUGUUCGGAGGGGAGAGAGGCACCUGCUGCGAGGGGCGCGGGACAUGCUGGAGAGGAGCCACUGCCAGGUCUGGGUCGGGUUGCGGCCAACAACUCCUCCAGAGAGGCACUCCGGGUGAGGGAUGUCUUCAUGGCACACUUCUCGGCGGAGGGAGCAGUACCAUGGCAGCCGACGGAGUAGCGUUUGAAGUCCUCCUCAUGACUUCCCCACAACGGCUCUUUUAAGAGCCACCCACAAACCUAUAAAGAGCUAAACUAUCUAAAAA